UGCCUUGCUACAACAACCUGCUGGCAGUUUGAGCUUGAGAUGAUCUGCAUCUACACGGAAGAACUGGAAACCCUAUUUGGCACCAGUUUGGGAGCAUCGAAGUCAUGUCUGAAGCGGGGUUUCACGUGUUGCUCACCACACUGCUGUCUGGAGCUCUGAUGGUGGCAGUUUUAGCUCUUCUUUGCUACUUCACCUGCAGACUGGCAGGAUCGCUGCCUCUGGGUGGACCUGGGCGCUUCUGAGGACUUGUGCUGCUGCUGCAGACACAACUGGCAAAGUGCAACUGAGGAAUGCUGUGACAUCGCUGCAGACAGCCUUCCACAGCUUCCCAAAGCGGCAUCUUAUGGCUGUCUAGAGUUACGCAUCAGCCGCACUCAGACCACAACAUGAAGACGUCAGGCCUGCUCAUCGCUUGCUCCUUUCUGAUCUCUGGAUGCACGGGGAUGCCACAGUUCCCUGAACAAGAGAAAAAUCCCAAGUUCUGGAACGACUGGGCUCAGCAGACCUUGAAGGAUUCAUUGGAGCAGGACUUCAGUAAUAAGAAAGCAAAGAACCUUAUCCUCUUCCUCGGAGAUGGAAUGGGCGUCCCCACGGUGACGGCAGCUCGGAUACUGAAGGGUCAGUUGAGUGGACAAAACGGCGAAGAGACGCAGCUGGAGAUGGACAAGUUCCCUUUUGUUUCUUUGGCCAAGACAUACAACACUAAUGCUCAGGUUCCAGACAGUGCGGGCACAGCCACAGCUUACCUCUGCGGGGUUAAGGCUAAUGAGGGCACUGUUGGUGUGAGUGCAGCAGCUGUUCGCUCCCAGUGUAACACCACAAAGGGCAACGAGGUCACCUCCAUCCUCAAAUGGGCGAAGGAUGCAAAAAAGUCAGUGGGAAUCGUGACAACGACACGCGUGAACCACGCGACGCCGAGUGCCGCCUACGCCCACUGCGUGGACAGAGACUGGUACUCAGACAACGAGAUGCCAGAUGAAGCGCUGCGGUCCGGCUGCAAGGAUAUCGCCAGGCAGCUGUUUGAAAACAUUCCCUACAUUAAUGUGAUUAUGGGUGGAGGAAGGAAAUUUAUGUACCCCAAAAACAUGUCAGAUGUCGAAUAUCCAGAUAUGAUAAAGCAUAGCGGCACACGGAAGGACAAAAGAAACCUGGUGGAGGAAUGGAAAAACAAAAUGAAGGAUGAAAAGGCCCAUUAUGUAUGGAACAAGGAGCAACUCAAAUCCCUGAAUCCAAAAGAUGUGGAUUACCUGCUGGGUCUUUUUGAACCUUCAGAUAUGCCUUAUGACUUGGACAGGAACAGCAAUACUGAUCCUUCACUGACAGAAAUGGUGGAGGUGGCCAUCAAGAUCCUACAGAAUAACCCCAAUGGAUUUUACCUUCUUGUAGAGGGAGGACGCAUUGACCACGGACACCAUGAGGGCAAGGCCAAGCAGGCCUUGCAUGAAGCUGUAGAAAUGGACAGAGCCAUCGGGCUUGCAGGUCGCCUGACCAGCAUUCAUGAUACCCUGAGUGUCGUUACUGCAGACCAUUCUCACGUUUUCAGCUUUGGAGGCUACACACACAGAGGAAACACAAUAUUUGGUCUGGCCCCCAAGACAAGUGAUGUCGACCACAAGUCUUAUACCUCCAUUUUGUAUGGAAAUGGACCUGGUUACAAGCUUGUCAAAGGUGAAAGAGAGAAUGCUUCUGUUACUAAAUAUGAAGAAAAGAACUACCAGGCCCAGGCAGCUGUGCCUCUGAGCGCGGAGACUCAUGGAGGAGAAGACGUGGCUGUCUUUGCCAAGGGUCCCAUGGCUCACCUGCUGCAUGGGGUCCAAGAGCAGAACUACAUCCCCCAUGUGAUGGCGUAUGCGGCUUGUAUCGGCCAGAACAAGAAUCACUGCAUGUUGAAGGACGGCGCAGUGGGCUUGACGCCAAUGUUCUCCAGCAUUGCAACCGUUCUCACAGUCACUCGGCUCCUGUGCUGACCCUCCUCAGACACUUUUUCCUGUUAAUAUCGUUAUUAAUCUGUUUCACAUUUAAGAUUUUAGCCUUUGUGCUUUUCAUUUUACAAUGUCUUAUGUAAUAUGUUUUUAAUGCGAAAUCAGCAAAAUCACAAACUAUCGUCCAGCGAUUUAAAAAAAAGCGUCUGCCCCCAGUAUUUUGUGAUUUUUCAAAUAAUUUUUUUUUUAACCAUUACAGUGUACAGCAACACUGGUACAGUGUCUUCAGUUCAGUGAAGAAGGCAUGUAGAUGAGAAAGAUUGCUGAACCACAUAGUCUUAGGAAGCAGUGAGAGGGAUUUGAGGGAUUUGUCAGCCCACUUUCAGGAAAAGAAAACAAGUCAGAAGGGAAAAUGCCACCCUAUUUAUCACCUUCCUGCCACACAAGAAAAAAUACAUACAUUCUAUUGAAAAUCUUAAAGGGGAUGUACAAUGCAAAAUUCAUAUUUUGCACAUUUUUGUACUUCUUUUUGGGUCUCUAUGGAAGAGAGUUGUUAGGUAGCAGGUAACUCUGUUUUUUUGGUCCUGGUUCAUUUGCCCUUUGUGCAAGCUUUUACCUGUUUUGCGUCUGUUACCAUUUCAUCUCUUCUUAUUAUCAGAUCUUACCCAUGUACUUAAACAAAUUUUUGUUCGUUUGGGGCGGGUUGGAGCAGCGUCUGCCGUGAAAUGGAUGCUGUACCGAUCCGUCAUGGUGAAGAGAGACCUGAGUCAAUGUCUCUCGGCUGGCCUGGGAACGCCUUGGGGUUCCCCCGGAGGAGCUGGAAGAAGUGGCUGGGGAGAGGGAAGUCUGGGCCUCCCUUUUGAAGCUGCUGCCCACGUGACCCGAUCCCGGACAAGCGGAAGAAAAUGGAAAAAAUUCAUGGAAAUGGAAUACUUAAGUAUUUUAAUGAAUUAUGACAAUGCACAUUUAAAAUUGCUUACAUUUUAUGUAUAAUUUAAUUUAUACAUGAAAUGCUUCCAAACACAGCACAAGAAAACCAUUUUCUGGCAAUAAGUUAAUGUUUUUUGGUGUUUGUAAAAUGAACCGUUUCAAAAGUCUCCAGAAUGUAAAGUCACAAAUCACCUGGCUCUGCUCCUCACCUAGAAACCCCAGCAAAGCCCAGCCCAUCACCUUGCAACCCUACCAAACACGUUUUGAACAGCCAUACCUGUCCUAUCCUGCUCAAGGAAGCUUAAUAUAUCACCUUCAAAAAAGCUUUUAUUUCUAUUAAUUCUAAUUAUUUCACACUUAGCAGUUACUUAAAACUCGACAAGUUUA